CAUUUGUGCCGCGUUCAACGAAUCAGCAAGUAGAACAUUUCCGAGUAUCCGAGUUCCGACUAGCAUUGAACGCGGCACCUGUACAGCCAAAAUGACAACAUUACGAGCUUUCACAUGCGAUGAUUUGUUCAAAUUCAAUAACAUCAACUUGGAUCCAUUGACAGAGACUUAUGGAAUCCCAUUUUACCUACAGUACCUGGCCCACUGGCCAGAGUACUUCAUUGUUGCAGAGGCCCCUGGUGGUGAAUUGAUGGGUUACAUCAUGGGAAAGGCAGAGGGAUCAGUGGCGCGAGAAGAGUGGCAUGGCCACGUCACAGCUCUCUCUGUGGCCCCAGAGUUCAGACGACUGGGACUGGCAGCCAAGCUUAUGGAGAUGCUGGAGGAGAUCUCAGAAAGGAAGGGCGGGUUCUUUGUUGAUCUGUUUGUGCGAGUCUCCAAUCAAGUGGCGGUGAACAUGUACAAACAGCUAGGCUACAGCGUUUACAGGACCGUGAUAGAGUACUAUUCUGCUAGCAAUGGAGAACCGGAUGAAGACGCCUAUGAUAUGAGGAAAGCCUUGUCGAGAGACGCAGAGAGGAAGUCCAUCAUUCCUAUACCACAUCCUGUCAGACCAGAAGAUAUAGAAUAACAGUAGACGGUGGCUCUGACACUUUUGAAAACAAAUACAUUUAUUUCUCGGUUGUCAGUAGUUACCACAGCCACAAAGUCAAAAUUGGCAAAAAUUAAUGAAAACAAAUUGGUCUUAAUUUAAGGUUAUGGUUAGGCAUAAGGGCAUUGUGAGGGUUAAUAAAUUGUAAAAAUCAGUAGGGUUUACGACUGUGGUUGUGGUAACGACCGUAUUUCCCCAGUCUGCAUUAGAAAAUGAAGUGUUAUUAGGACUAGUUUUAUUUUUAGGGUUUGAUGUGUGAAAGCUUAGAGAAUAUCAUUGUACAUAAUAUUGACAGAUCUAAUAAAUUGUCCUUUUUGAUGACGAGUCAGUCACUGUUUGGUUUGAAAUGCUAUAUGGUCUUUCAUCCUAAUUCAAUAAAUGAUAUCUACUUACAUGACUCACCCAGGUAAUGAUACUGUAUCUGCCACUUUGUUACAGUCAGUUCUAUGGUUGAAAAAUGUCCCAAUAAAUAAAAAUAAGGAUA